AUGAUUUCAGAAAAUUCUCCAACAGCUUCAAAUAUUCCAAGUAGACGUAAAGUUGCUUUAAUUACAGGCAUUACUGGACAAGAUGGAAGUUAUCUUACAGAAUUUCUUCUUGCUAAAGGCUAUGAAGUUCAUGGUGUUAUUCGACGUUCAAGUAGUUUUAAUACAGGUCGAAUAAAUCAUCUCUAUGAAAAUCCAUCAUUACACAAAGAAGGAGCUAUGAAAUUACAUUAUGGUGAUUUAAAUGAUAGUUCAUCAUUAGUAAAAAUAAUUUCUAGUGUUAAACCAGUAGAAGUAUAUAAUUUAGGUGCAAUGAGUCAUGUUAAAAUUUCUUUUGAUUUAAGUGAAUAUACAGCUGAUGUUGAUGGUAUUGGUACAUUACGUAUUUUGGAUGCUAUUCGAAUAUGUGGUCUUGAGAAGGAAGUACGAUUUUAUCAAGCAUCAACAUCGGAACUUUAUGGUAAAGUUCAAGAAGUUCCACAAAGUGAAACAACACCAUUCUAUCCACGAUCACCAUAUGCUGCUGCAAAAUUAUAUGCGUAUUGGAUAACAAUUAACUAUCGUGAAGCUUACAAUAUGUUUGCUGUCAAUGGAAUUCUUUUUAAUCAUGAAUCACCACGAAGAGGUGAUAAUUUUGUAACGAGAAAAAUUACUCGAUCCGUUGCAAAAAUUCAUCUUAAACAACAAGAAUUACUUGAACUUGGUUCAUUAGAUUCUAAACGUGAUUGGGGCCAUGCACGAGAUUAUAUUGAAGCUAUGUGGCUUAUGUUGCAACAUGAUACACCUGAAGAUUUUGUUAUCGCAACUGGUGAAACACAUAGUGUUCGAGAAUUUGUUGAAGCAGCAUUUGAAGAAGUAGGAAAACGAAUUAUAUGGGAAGGUGAAGGUGUUAAUGAAAUUGGUAAAGAAGAAAAUACUGGCAUUAUUCGUAUUAUUGUUAAUCCAAAAUAUUUUCGACCAACUGAAGUUGAUCUUUUAAUUGGUAAUCCAAAAAAAGCUGAAGAAAAACUUAAAUGGAAACCUAAAAUUACAUUUAAAGAAUUAGUUAAAGAAAUGGUUGCAGCUGAUAUUGAACUUAUGCGAAAAGAUCCAACAGCUUAA